CCGCCAUCUUUCCAUCCCUCAGUCAGAAGGGGCCCGGAGACGCUUCUGGAAGAACCAUCGGGAUGGCUGCCCAGGGAGAACCGCAAGUCCAGUUUAAGCUUGUAUUGGUUGGUGAUGGUGGUACUGGGAAAACGACAUUUGUGAAACGUCAUCUGACUGGUGAAUUUGAGAAGAAGUAUGUAGCCACCUUGGGUGUUGAGGUCCAUCCCCUUGUUUUCCAUACUAACAGAGGACCGAUUAAAUUCAAUGUGUGGGAUACGGCUGGUCAGGAGAAAUUUGGGGGACUGAGAGAUGGCUAUUACAUCCAAGCUCAGUGUGCCAUAAUAAUGUUUGAUGUAACAUCAAGAGUCACUUACAAGAACGUGCCUAACUGGCAUAGGGAUCUGGUUCGAGUAUGUGAAAAUAUCCCCAUCGUGUUGUGUGGCAAUAAAGUGGACAUUAAGGACAGGAAAGUUAAGGCAAAAUCCAUUGUCUUCCACCGAAAGAAGAAUCUUCAGUACUAUGACAUUUCUGCCAAAAGUAACUACAACUUUGAAAAGCCCUUCCUUUGGCUUGCUAGAAAACUAAUUGGAGACCCUAACUUGGAGUUUGUUGCCAUGCCUGCUCUUGCCCCACCAGAGGUUGUCAUGGACCCAGCUUUGGCAGCACAAUAUGAGCAUGAUUUAGAGGUUGCACAGACAACUGCUCUCCCGGAUGAGGAUGAUGACCUGUGAGAGAGCGAAGCUGGAGCCCAGCGUCAGAAGUCUAGUUUUAUAGGCAACUGUCCUGUGAUGUCAGUGGUGCAGCGUGUUUGCCAC